AUGGCUGCGGCUGGUGAUGGCAGGGAAUCUGACUUGAGACUACUGAAUCUUGCGGCAGUGCCCUGCAAUGGUAUGGUCGGUACUGGGGCUGGCAGGUUAGCGAUGUCAGUCUCGCGCAUCGUCGGCAAAGACAUCCAGUUCAAGGAAGAGGAACCGUAG